AUGGUCGGACGUUCUGAGUUUACUACUCUUACUACGGCUGUAGGUACCAUUGGUCAUGUUGCUCACGGCAAGUCGACCGUCGUUCGAGGUCUAUCGGGGGUUAUGACCAUUCGAUUCAAACAAGAGAAGGAGCGCAACAUUACCAUCAAGCUGGGAUACGCUAACGCUAAAAUUUACAAGUGCCAGAAUCCCGACUGUCCUAAUCCUGGUUGUUACACUUCCCACGGAUCUGCCUAUCCUGAUCGCUACACUGAUGAACACGGCGAAUGGGUUGUCGUCCGUCACGUAUCCUUCGUGGAUUGUCCUGGUCAUGAUAUUCUCAUGGCUACUAUGCUUAAUGGUGCUGCAGUAAUGGACGCUGCCAUGCUGCUUAUUGCUGCCAACGAGAAGUGUCCUCAACCACAGACUUCCGAACAUCUGGCCGCCGUCGAGAUAAUGCGACUCCGACAUUUGAUCAUACUCCAGAACAAGGUGGAACUGGUUACUGAGGCUGAGGCCCAGCAGCAGUAUGCCGAUAUUCGAAACUUCGUCAAGGGUACUGUGGCCGACUCCGCGCCGGUUGUGCCCAUCUCGGCCGUGCUUCGAUAUAACUUGGAUGUUGUAGCCGAGUAUCUUUGCACUCAAAUUCCUAUUCCCGUUCGUGAUUUCACUUCGUCCCCCCAAAUGAUCAUCAUUCGGUCAUUCGAUGUUAAUAAGCCUG